UAUCGUUCAUACUGCGCAGUUAUUGUGUGAGUGACGAUCGUGCAUGUUUCUUAACUUUGGUUAAAACGAUUUAAUAUUGGACUAAAAUUUCAAUAAUGUGUUUAUAACCUGAAACUGCAUCUUGUUUGUAAAUAAAAGAAAAAUAAGGAGAAAUAUGGCGGAAACAGACGAUAAGAAAGUGUUGAAAAUGUCUUUGAUUUGUUCAAUAUGUCUUCAAAAGUUGAACAAACCGCGUUCUCUUCCAUGUUUCCACACUUUCUGCGAGUCGUGUUUGAAAAAUUAUCUAGUAAACGCUCCAGAGAAGAAAAACGCAACUAAAGAAGGGAUACCUUGUCCCACGUGCAAACUGGUCACGUUCUCGCCGAAACCCGCGUUACCGGUGGAGCAGUGGUCGGAGCAUUUUCCGAUGAAUCACUUGGUAGGGACUUUAAUCGAUAUUGUUCCGGUCUCAUCCAGGCUUGAGUUUUGUGAGCCAUGCAAAGAUAAUAAGGAGUCAAAAAUUGCCCGCUCUUGGUGUCAACAGUGUUCCGAGGCGCUAUGCGAAGAGUGCGCUAAAUGUCAUAUGUCCAUGAAAGCCACGAAGAAUCACGUGAUCACACCGUUAGAAAACGUCCGAAGUAAUCCGAAACCGGCGGUUAAGGAGGAAGUCGUCUGCUACGACCAUAAUAAGAAAGAAGUGGACAUGUAUUGCCAGGAUCACGAGCAACCAUGCUGUCCAAUGUGUAUCGCCACAAAUCACCGGAAAUGUGAGAAGAUCGCGCAGAUAAACGACGUCGUGCAGAAGCAACAACCGGUCGACCAUACCAAACUUUUCAAAGACAUGGAUCGCCUGAUCACCGACGCCGACAGUGUAAAGCGUGAAAGACAAGAGGUUAUGAGAACUACUCUCAUGCAGAAGACGAAAAUGUUGAAAGACAUAAGCGAGGCGAAGAAGAAACUGAUCGACCAUAUUGAGAAGAUAGAAUCUCAAAUUACUGCAAAGUUCGAAGCCAUCAGCCAGACUGAUUUUGCUAUCCUCCAGGAACAAGUCGAUUACUGUAACAGCGUUCAGAGCGCUAUGCAUCACUCAAAAACUGCUAUACAGUCGGCAAAAGAACAACAACUUCAGAAGAAAGAGUUUAUAGUAGCACAACAAGGGAAGGUGAAAUACAACGAGUGCGCAAGCGGUUUAAAGAAAAUUCACGAGAACUCAGCGAAAAUUAAGUACCUUUUUGAAGAAGAUCGCCAAGUUGCCGAAACCCUUGGAGCUCUUGGGAUGCUUGGAAAACUCGACGUAAAACACAGCUACCCGAACAAGAAGCCACCGACACCACCACCGCCGCCUACGCCUAUAGCGGAGGAGGAUGAUGAAAAGAAGGCAACGAGAAAGAUAAAAACAUUCAAUGCUAAGGUUAAAGGCGAUAAGAGGGAAUGUAAAAUAACAGCUAUUAAGCUUUGGAAUAAUAAGAAAAUUCUUCUAGCAGACAAUUCGAACGUGCGGCUCAAACUCUUUGGAGAAUUCGGUGAUCUGUUGGUCGUCUUUGGCUGCAAUAGUCCGCCAUGGGACUUGACUUUCAUUGACAAAGCGAAAUGCGCAGUGACCUUCCCAAACGAAAGGAAAAUACGCAUCUUCAAGGUCAAAGAAAAUAUAUCUGAAGUUGGAUACGUCAACGCGUCACGUGGUUGCAAUGGCAUCUGUAUGGCUGGCGACGAUCUGGCUGUGACCUUUGCAAGUGGUUGUAUUCGGGUUAUCGCCCUUGACGGAACCGUAAAAAUGAUGGUGGACACAGAUUACAUUGGAAAACGUGUUUUCAGCAAUCCAGAGUUUAUAGCCUUUAAUCCGUUCAGUUACCAUUUGUUUGUGUCUGACUACAACAACCACACGGUCACGGCUCUGAAAUUCGACAACGGGAAAGUGGACAAGACACCGCUGUUUGUCUACAAAGUUUCCGGGCCACGUGGUGUAAGCGUAGACGCGCGUGGAAAUUUACACGUGUGUGGAUUCUGGUCUAACGACAUCCACAAAGUCAAAGAUGAUGGUCAGUUCAGUCAAAUUCUUAUGGAUACUUUAGCACGGCCUUUAUGCAUUGCCUUCACAGGAGAUGGAGAGAAAUUUGCGCUGUCUGAACAAGGAAACCCAAACAACGUAAAACUCUAUAAGAUCAUCCCGGCUUCAGAUGUUGAAGAUUACUGACAAUGACAUAUAGUUUAAAGACAUAUGUUUGAAGUGUUUAGAAAACAAUUCCAGCUGACAUCGAACGCAUGUUACAGUCUCACAAAAAUUGACGGUUACAACAUAUUAUUUACAAUUGUAUUUUGAAUUACGUGUAUUUUCUCGAAUUCUGUUCACAAAAGUACAUUUAUAGCAAUAAGUAGUACGCAUCAGGCGCAAAAAUAACGUGUUGUGAGCCUUGGAAAAGGAACGGCCGUAGAAAAUAAGUAUUAGCGCACAUCAGCAAAUUUUGAGUACUGAAUUGAAAUCAUACUAAGUGGCAGCCAUGCUAAGUGAAAUUAAUGGUUUUCGGAAAAUUCUCUUAAUUGUUUGAUUUUCUACGUGUAGAUUUCAGCGAAUUCUUAAAUGUCAUGUAACUUCGACAUGCAUGUACAUAUAUAGUAAAAAUGCAUAUGUAAAUAAAAGUGAACAAUU